UCUCAGACGAUUUAGAUAAAUUUCUAGAUUAUUGUAUUCAGUCUAUGGGAUUUACCGUUGUUUCGUCACAUUUUUGGCAGCUGUCAAAUCCAAAUAAAUUGUAAACUUGUAUCGGACAAUUUCGUGUAGUGCUUAUUAAAUAUUGCAUUUCUUUUUAAUAUUUACAGUAAUUUCAUAUAUUAAAUGUAGUUAUUGAAUACAAAUUGUGUGUGUGACUAGUGAACAGUGCCAAAUUGAUGUCUUGUUUUAUUCGAUAUUAUGAAUCAGGUUGAUCAAAAUAUAAACAAAGAUAUGAUUGAUUUCGACUUGAUUGACGUGGAUUCCUUGGAUUUUUCUGAUGAUCAGACAUGGUUAUACAAAAUACCAGAGGACUCUGGCCAGAUGGUGGACUUGGUGGAGUUCAAUUUGGCCUGCGACUGGCCCAUCAAUGAAGAUGAAGAGUAUCUUGCGCUGGAGAAAGAACUGUACAACAUUAUGGAUAAAAUAAUCAAAAAUGAGGUGGCACUGCCCGAUAAGCACAAAUUCGACUCGCGCACAUACGUCAAGCCAAAGAAACGUAUGCAGCGUCCGAGCAUCCAAAGCAUCGUUGAAGUACCGUCGAACCCGCCGUCGAUGUCUCCCCACUCUUCGCUCAAUACAUCACCGAACAAAUAUCUCACAUACAACAAAUAUAGCAACCCGUUGGGACCAAUCAGCCCGAUGUUGAGACUGAAAACGUUCAACGUCGACACCAACACUGAGAAUAGCCAUGCGAUUAAAGAGUACGCAAUGAAAAGGCGAAGCUUGACCCACGACGAUGACCCGCAGCUGGAAGACGUGGAUGUAGAGAAUGCUCCUGAGAAUGUGCCCUUCAAAGCUAUCAACAUUGACCUCUCGCAGCCAGCGCAUAAUAUACACAACACAUUCAACAAAGGAGUUAUGCACAUAAUGCAAGAGAGUGGCAGCAUGCACAUGUAUCAAAGCGGAGAGUCCCUCAUGCGUAUGUCUCCCCCGAGCCUCGUGUCAUCGAUGGUCAUGGAACACUCUGGGAACUUCAAUGCAGAAUCUAUGGACAGUAGGAAAUCUCAGAGAGAUUCAGGAUUACCAAUGUCAGGGAGACCUAGCAUAGACCCAAUGAUGACAAGUAUGACCCUCAGUAUCUUAGAUGAGAAAGACAUGAACACGAGUUUCCUCUCUCAAACCACAUACCCUGACAACGACAGCUUCAUGGACUCCCUACCACCCAGUUUAGUCAACUCUGUGAACUCGUCUUACAUAAUUUCAAAUACAUCAAAAGCCAAAACUGAAACAACUGACACGAAUAUAUUCAGUUCCGCAACGUUCACUCAUCUAGAACAGUCGGAAAAGCUUCUAUCAGCAAGACCGAGGUGUCAUCUAUACAAUAGUUUCACUAAACGGGAUUCAAUCAAGAACUCGGAAAGUUACACCAAAUCUAAAGAAGAGGCGAGCCAAAUCGACAAAGUUCUAAAUGAAAACUCUGAUAAUAAUUUAGGGGUGCCGCAUCCCAAAAAUUCCCCGAAAAACAAACCCAAUGGUGACAUGUCUGAAACGGUCACCCUACAUUACUCCAACAACAAAUUCAGGCGGGAAAACGACGCAGAGAAGGAAAACUUCAACAGAACUUUUCAAUGCGACGACGCUUUCUACAAAGAAAUGGCCAUUCCGAAAUCUCAUCAAGUCGAACAAGGAAAGAACAGUAUGAACGUGACCCUCGAUAAACAGGAGCUAAACGAGAUUAUACAGGCGAGACAAAAGUUGUCUUUGGCGAGAAAGGCACUACCGAAUGAGCCAGAGAAAACUUCACCGGUGAACCAAGUAGAUACAUCCCCUGUGAAAACAAUACAGCUUCCAAAUCAGACGAUAACAGUGCCAAAACAGAGUAUAGAAAAUGCCUCUGAACUGUUAUCGAGACGGAGAGCCAUGAACAACUAUGAAAGGCCGGAGGAAUUAGUGAGGGAGACGCCUAAAAGAACUGCGACCUUCAAAAAAGCAUCUCCCACCAUUCCUAAGAACAACGUGAUGGACGCGACAGUUGUUUACGUGAAGGCAGAUGAUAAUAACAUUAUAGACAUAAAUUCUGCCACGUUGAGUUUAAUCGAGUCUGGUGAAAGUAAUUUGAAUCAGGAGGAUUGGGGUCUUCAAGAGCGUGCGAUGGUCGGCUCCAGUGAGAGCACAGGCACCGAUACAGGCACUUUCAGCUCGAGUAGUCCCCCCGAAAGCGUGCCUGAACCUGUUGAUCCACGCACCCUGGCAGUGUCGACACCUCUAAUAGCCCUUGGAAAGGGACCAAAGAAUGAGUUCUUAGACAUCAACAAUACUAUAUCACCGAUAUAUACGGAUACCAUUGAUGACAAGUCCUAUACAGUGGGAAGAGUGUCAAAUACUGCUGACAAUAUGGUCAGAACGUAUGAUUUGAACACAACGGUCAUUAAUAGUGCUACAAUGGUCAAAAAAUCGUCAGCCAAAAGGGAUAUAUUGGCAGCGAAGAAUAUUCCAGAAAGGAAGUUGUUAAACCCAACUCAAAUGCAAAAGCCAACUGUGAAUAGAAUUUCGCCUACAGAUAAUGGAAUAUACAGUGCCAUGCCACCCCCAGCGACUGUCUCAAGAAAGACCAAUUUGCCGACUUCAAAACUGAGGCAGUACAGUUCUCAUAAAGAACUUAAUAGGAUACCUGGAAACCCACCAUCGACCGCGGCCCGAGUGUUAGCGGGGCGGACGAUGGUCCGACGAGGAGUGUACGCAUCCAACCCCGCGCUCAGUCCGACCGCGCCCGUUCCGCCCGUGCACUCCGCUCUCACUAUGCCGCAACGAAGGGACUCCUACACUACCGCCACGCAUCAGAAAGAACAUCAGGAACAAGAGAGGCAAGACAGGCCAACGCUACUGAAUCCUCCAGCGCUGGUCCGACAGGGGACGGAGACUUUGCGUAGAGAACGGCCUCAAAGUCAACUUGUCGCGCCUAAAGAUCUUCGGCUGAGCGCGGUGAGUCCGAGCGGCGUGCCCGUCUCGCUACGCAACCACUAUGCACCGCCACCGACCACUCGACCAUACUCCAUAGCGGGCACGUCUCAACUGCGAAUAACGAGACCAGCUUCUGUGCCGGUACCAAAGACCGCUACAGUGGCGACUCCGCAAGUAGAACAGCCGCGACCGUCUACUGGUGUCGAUCGCAUGUCUGCGUUGCCGCGGCCCUCCAGACUGCCCGCGCCGAGGAGAGGCCUGAGACCCCCAUCAGUAUACUCAGUGGCACCGGCAGGAGAAACGGACCAAUACUGACCCUCGAUUUGUUGUGCCAACUUACUGGGCCUCUAGCGCCUGUAUUACUAUGUAAAACUAAAUCUAGCGUUUAAUUAUACUAGCUAUACUAAAUAUAAGAUCGCACUAGAAACUAUGCGCGCAAGAGUUUACGCGUGGCAAAAAUCGGAAUUAAUCAAGUGUUGCCAUCUUGUCGUCUAUUACUAUGUAUCUCUAGGCGGGUAAAAUAGAGUAAAGCUGGCAACAUAAUAGGGUAGUUGACUCAUAUCAAAUUUUAUAUAAACAAUAUAAAUUUCGUGUAGUACAUGGAAUAAGGGUACGAUAUAUAUUGAUAUUAAUUAAUAAAAGUGAAUAAAUAUUUCUUUUUUUUUUUUUAAUUUUCCACACGUCAAAAACGAUGUCGACCAUUUUGUGACGUCACAACUUUACUUGACUCGUUGAUACGUCAAACUUAUUGUAAUAAUAUUUUUGUCAAACGCUCCGUUUGCUAAAAAAUUGGUAACGUGACGUCAUGAAAUAGUUAAAAUAUAACUAUUUCUCGCUGUUCUUUUAGGAUUUACUUCGGAAAUAAUUCAAUGAAAAUUUUUUGAUAUGGAAGAUUAAAGUUUCUAGUGUGAUUUUAUAAGCCAGUGAGUACUGUCGACUAGUCUCUAGAAACCAGGUACCUAAUAUUUGGGGGUACCUAACAUUUGAUAACUAUUUGUAAUUCCAAUUUUUUUUUGAAUCCCCUUUUGAGCUCUCUUUUGUUCAACUUUCGUGGAGUGACUCUUUCUUUUUCACUUUAUGUUAUAUAUUUCUCCUCUUGUGGAACAAAAUUCGUGUCUAUGAGUUUAAAUAUUGGUCCACUGAAGGAUUUAAUUAUCAAUUAUUAUUAUUAUCUAGUUCACAUACUCAAGUUUCAUUUUUUUUAUUAAUAACUGGCUUUUCAACUCAGUGUACUUUUUGGAUACACUUCAGUAACCAUUGGACAUAUUUUUCUUCUUGCUUUAUUGGCUUUUAAACAGAUUAUAGAAAAGUUUAGAAUGCAUCAUAUGAAAAAAAAAAAUUGCUAGCGACUAGUUGACAAAGUACAAUGAACCUUAUUUUAAAACAAUACGACUGAUUAACAAAAUUCGGUGUCUAUUGUCGAACUUCCAACCGCGUUCGUAUCUUUUUUUUAUUUGUAAAUGUAGAUAAUCUAUAGAGUAAAAAUUGAUUAAAAUGUUGCCAGUAUUGUUACGAAUUUUACCUUUUGAGAUUAAAAUUUAAAAAAAUACCAGUUCUUGUCUAUGGUAACAAUAUUGAUAAUAUUUUUUUUUUAUUUAUUUGUAAAGACGAUCGCGCAUUACAAAUAACGAAAAUCGAAUAUCGAAUUUGUAUAAUAUGCGAUCGAUUAUUAACAAUCCAUUGUUAAUAAAACUAUUUUGAACGGAUUUAUAUUAUUGUGUAUGUAUAUUAUAAUAUUAGAAAUGAUUUUUAGCUAAAUAUUGGAGCAACUACAGUAUUUUUAAUAUAAAUUCAAAAUUAUUUGUAUAAAUCCCUGAUAAAUAGUGUUUGAUUUUUUGAUUUAAAUUUGUCAAGAAAAUACCCCAACUUGAUGUAAUAAUAAUUAAAGUUAAUUAAAUUAAUUGAAGUAAUGUAAGAAAACAAUCGAUUAAGAUUUUGUUUUUGUAUAAUUUAUCUCCUAAAAUUAGGUUAAUUUUUGUACGAAAUUUUUUAAUCCUGACGAGUGUCAAAAACUUUUAUAAUAACUUCUAAAAUAAUUUUUAGAUUUUUUUAUUUUUCACGGAAUAUAAGUAUUUGGCUUAAAAGCAAUAAAAUAUAACUAUGGUUCCUGACAUUAAAUAUUUGUAAACAAUUUUCAAAAUUAAUGCACAUACACUUUUACUGACAUACAUUUUGAUAUUAUUUUUUUUUUAUAUUAAAAAAAUUAAAUUAAUGUACACUUUUCGACAUUCAAAAUUUUUUGUCUAAAAAUUUUGUUAUUGUCCUUUAGUUGAGCUAGGAAAUUCACUUUUCGAAAACUGAAAAGUCUCCAAUUUCCACUCAUUUUAUAUUCCGCUCUCUUUCAAAAUUCCAAAUUUCCACCUGAAUUCAUGAUUUGGUACAAAAACAUACAAACUAAGAUAUUAUUAUUAUUACUACGUUAUUUACAAAUUUAGCGCAUAGUGAUUAUUAAUCUAGUAUCAACUUAACAGAGUUGGUUAUUUAUUUUUCAGAAAUAAGACAAAAUUUUUGCAUUUCCGUUCUAGAGAUUGUAUUCACAGAGGAACGUUUAUUUUUUAUUUAGAUCUUGAAAUUAUUAUAUUAUAUACAAAAUACGUGUGUCUUUUUGAAUCAAGUAUGCUUACAACUAUUUUUUCGUGAACAAUUUUUUUAUUAAGUCAAUAACGCUAAAUUGACAUCUGUAAAUCCGUAAAUGUCAUUUUUCUUUUUGUAGAUUUCUGUAGAAACUAAAUUGUCGUAGACAGAGAAAGGAAUUGACAACUGAUUGGACGCCGUUGUAAGUCUUAUUUUUAGCCGUUGAUUUACGGGAUUUUGACUUCACAACACACUACAAUAAAAAAUUUCACUAAUAUAUUAUAAGCUAAUUUGUUGCUUUAAUUUGCAGCUAGUUGUCUCUGUAAUUUUGUGCACAUUUACACUACUUUCAUAUAAAAAGCAUAAUUAUUAGUAAUUGUCAAUAACUGUCAAACUUGUUUGACAUAUCGUUGUGUCACAAUACAGCACACUUUACACAGAAUGUCUCGUUUCUUUCUUUUCUUUAUUUAUUUACAGACUCCAUGGAUAAAUUGUUUUAUUUUUUUGACGGAAUGCCAUAAAUCUAUCUUUUCGUCUAUUUACUUCUCUGUCUACCUAAAUAUAUAAGCAACUGUCAAUUUAGCGUUUCAUUUGUUUUGUAUAACCAAGCUCAAUUUGCACCAUCCAAAAAACUUCCGUUUUUUUUCUGUGAAUUUAAUGCUACUGAAACUCAAACUAUAGUCUAAACAUUGCUAUUUAUUCAUAUCUAAAGUUUAAACUUGUAUCACGAAUGCAAAUUAUUUACACGCACAAUGUAGUACACGAUUUUCAACGAAGUAUUUAAAUAAAAAAAAUGCGAAAAUAUCCAGUUUCUGUAAAAACACUCAUAUAGUUAUACAUAGUUAGGUACAAAGCUGUUUAUAUGUAUACUAAUAAAUUAUUCAUGUAUAUUAUGUAAAGUUUGUUAUUAAUCUACAUUUAAAUCUUUAUAAGUAACGCCUACUGCUUUUCCUAUCUAUAUUAUAAAAGAAAUCAAUAACAUACAUUAAUAUACACACAUACAUACAUAUCGUUAACACAGUUCAGCUUAUUAUAUUACUCCGCAAAAAGAAUAUAACAAAAUAUACUAUGAAAAUUUAUUACAAUAUACAAGUAGUUAUGGCACAAAAUCACUUGAUGCACUUGAGAUGAUACAUAAAUGUUGUUAGAUUUUUUUUAAAAUUUGAUUUUGGAACUGAAUAUAUUGAUGUCAUGAAAUGUCAUGACAUUUCCUAUUCUCACUUUGCCAUACUUUGGUUUUAAUGUAAAUUGUAUAAUAUUCCGAGUACCGCCUGGAGCGUUACUUUUUUUAACCGACUUCAAAAAAAAGGAGGAGGUUUCUCAAUUCGACCGUAUAUAUUUUUUUAACGUACAUUUUUAUAUUUUUUUAUUUAAUAUAAAUUUGACUAUAAAGAAGUUUUUCUGUUGUUGUUUUAAAGGAAAAAGUGUUCUUUAAAAGUCACUAAUGUCACGUUUAUGAUUUCAUGUUUUAUCCCAACCACCCAGUCAUUAUUUUUUUUAAACAAUUUAUAUAAUGUGACAUUAAUGGUUUUGUAAAACAGCUACUUAUUUAAGUAAAUUAUAUUUCACAACCGAUUACUAUCGAAAUAACGUCAAUAAUACUAACAGUCAAAAAAAAUCAGUAUUUGACAUUAGAGAAUGACGUGAGUAAAAAAUAUGAAAUGCAUGUUAACUUAAAUAUAUUGGAUGACCGGCUGUAAAUACAGAAAUUAUUUAAUUAAGCUAAGUCAUGGUCAAUUUGGUUACUAUUUAUCAUCUGUAUACGUGUUUAAUAACUUACACUUCAGCAUUACAACCAGAUACACUAUUUGAACAUUUUAAAUUUCAAAUCAUUUUCAUAUAUUUUUAAAUGGAUAUUUUUAAUGUCUUUGGGAAUUAUUACAUUCAACUUAUCUUGGUUUAAUAAAAAAGAGUAUCGGGUCAUGAUAUCCGUUUUCAUGAUAUCCGUGUAAAGAUUGAUUUCAUGAUGUCUUUGUAAAUUAUCGGAUAGUUAGUAAAAUCAGAUAACGUUCACGAAGUCCGUCUAAAGUGUCGGACAAGUUUCAUAAUAGGUACAUUACACAUAUAUUUGAUAUUUACAUGAUGUGUGUGUAAAAUGUUGGAUAGUUUAAUGACUGACGUCAGUGUAAAAUAUCGGAUAGUUUCCACGAUGUCGAAGUAAAAUAACGGACCAAUUUUCAUUAGGUCUGUUUAAAAUAUCGGAAAGUUUACAUGAUCUCUAUGUAAAAUAUCAGAUUAUUUUCAUGAUAUUUGUGUAAAUUAUUGGAAUGUCUUCAUGAUAUCUGUGUAAAAUAUCAGACAGUUUUCAUGAUGUCUGUGUAAAUUAUCGGAAUGUCUUCAUGAUGUAUAUGUAAAAUUUCGGAUAGCUUGCAUGAUGUCUGUGUAAAUUAUCGGAAACUUUUCAUGACGUCUAUGUAAAUUAUCGGAUAGUUUCAUGAUGUCUGUGUUAAUUAUCGGAUAAUUUUCAUGAUGUCUGUGUAAAAUCUCAAAAAGUGCACAGGUGAUCCGGCCCCACACGCCGUGUUAUCGUUAAUGCCUGUCGAUCCAUCCGUUGCCUCCGCUUUUGUGACAUAUUCCGCCGCGUACGGUUUGUUUUGACACGUCGUGCCUUAUUUAGGUAGUGUAAGAAUUUUGUUUUCAUUUUCUAAUAAAAUUGUGUAUUUACA